AAUGGGAGAAUAGUUGAGUAGGUUGAACACAAAUAUUAAAGCUUCUCAAGAAAGUCUGUCCAGAUAAAUCGAUCUUGUUCUACAUCUUCCGAGAGACCAAGGGGAACGAGAGGAGCGUCAAACAGCCGAGUGAGGGAUAUUACAGAAUACAGACAUGUCGACGAACCGCAGCUCGAACCGCAGUUCGAUGAACCGCACGACGACGAGUACGUCAAGCCGGAUGUUCUCGGGCGGCUCCGGCGGCGACAGCUCCCAGAAAGAGGUGGUCAUCAAGAAUGUAGACAUGGAUCAAGAGAUUCAAGACUACGCCACGGACAUCGCAAGGGCGUCACUUGAGAAGUUCAACGUCGAGAAGGACAUUGCAGCCUACAUCAAGAAGGAGUUCGACAAGGCGUACAACCCGACUUGGCACUGCAUCGUGGGCAAGAAUUUUGGAAGCUACGUCACGCAUGAAACCAAGAGCUUUAUUUACUUUUACAUUGGCCAGACGGCAUUUCUGCUCUUCAAAUCUGGUUAAACCUGUGGACAUUAGCGUUGGUCUGACUUUAACAAUAUUAAUGUAGGCAGAAUUGAAAGCCUCGAUGUCAGAGGAAAACGGACAAGCAACAAUGAACGAUUUUUUUUGAUGGACCGUUCAAAUAUUUCAACCAGUAUUUCAAACUCUUAAAAGUAGGGUCAUACUUUUGUAAUGACCCAGAAAAUAAACUGGUAUAAUUUCGAUCUUAAAGCUUGUUUGUUUGAAAUAUUUGAAUGGUGGUAAUCACGCACAAUUUUAUGAUUUCGUUUGAACUGCUCCCCGUUGAUAUAGGCACAUUUUAAAGCCAGUGGAUACUAUUGGUAAUUGUCAAAGACCAGUCUUCUCAC